AUGGUGAAAGAAUAUGAUGAAGACGACAAUGGCUACGGUGACGACGACUCCAAGGGCUCCAGCACACUUCUAGUGGUGAUUGUAUCCCUCCUUUUCGUUGCAGUCUUUGGUGGUGCCCUUGUCGGCGGUGUCUUGAGUGGAGACGCAAACAAUGGCUUCUAUUUCACUAUGAUUGCUGCUUCAAGUAUAGUUGUGCUCGCUGGACUUGUUUUUGCCAUUCGGUACUGCUGCUGCCAACGCGGCAAGGAUGCUGAUUCUCUUGAUAUCAAGGAAGGCAAGGGAACUUUCAACAGUGACGAAGAAGAAGGUGAAUUCGUCCACAAGAAAAAGCCACGCAGACAAUCUAAGAAGGGUCCCAAAAUUAGAGUACUUGAUCCAGGAGCCGGUGUCAGCGAUGUUAGUGUACUUAGCCCCGGCACCUACAAUUACGAUGUGGAAUCUGUCAUGACCGAUGGUGAUGCAACUGGAAUCACAUCCUUUGCAGGCCGAAUCCUUCUUAACAAGUCCCGCCAAAAAACGGUCGGAUUUGACUUUAGAAGUGUCAUUCCUGGAGAGCAAUCUCGUGGACGUUCCGAUCCACCAGAAGCCUUCGAGAGUGCAGCUGUUACCGCGUACAACCAAGCUCGACAACUGGGACCGAAAGAUCCUUCUGCUGCACGAAUCAAUAUGAAUGGAGGAAUUCAACCAGUACAGGAAGAACCCACGAAUGUGCGAUUUGGUGCUAUUCACACUCCUUCAACACAAAGACAACUCAAGGUCAUUGAUGUAGACGAAGAAGCGUCAGAUAGCCAACACAAUAUUUCGACACCAGCUAGUGUGGCAAGCAGUAUUUUCCGAGGAUUCUUUGCAAACGUCAAGAAAAGGAGUGCAGGCACCCCUGUUGCUAGAAAUUUCAAACCACAGGGACGACCUCCUAUGCCAGGUAGCAGCAAUGCCAAUGCUACUGCCGCUAUGAAGCAAACCUUGCAAACAAUCAACGGCGGAGGGUUGACAAAAGAGAUGCUUCCAACCACUCCAAAGGCUGCUGGUGGUGUCCCUCCAAGUCCAGGCAAGAGUAGUGUCUUCAGCAUUCCGCCACCAAGGCGUGUUCCUUCGUCACCUGGGGGUGUAAGUGAGGCCGCAAAGUCGGGAUACAGUGAAGGGGUUGCUUCCUCAACGUUUGACCCAGCAGCACAUGAACGUGCGUUGGCCAAGAUGCGCCAGAACGAAGCAUCACUUGGAGCUACAAGCAACGACGUACCGCUCUACUAUGACGAUGAUGAAGAUGAUAACGAGGAAGAAGACAUUUAUGACGUCUUUGCCCCACCUGGCCCCAUUGGCGUCGUCGUUGACACUACCCCUAAGGGCUGCGUUGUUCAUUCGCUAAGAAAGACAUCUUCGAUGCAAGGUCUCAUCAACCCAGGUGAUUUGAUUGUUGCCCUCGAUGACGACGACGUCACAAAAUUGGAUGCCUCUGAGCUCACCAAACUAAUGGCCAGAAAGGCGCAACAAACAGAGCGAAAGUUCACACUGAUUGCAGCCUAA